AUGAGUCAAAAUGAAAUGAAGCCGAGAGCCACAUGGGCAAUUGUUCUUGUUGUCGCGAUCAUGGUCUUGUUUGGUUGCGGCCAAACCAAGGUGGUCUCGGGUAUUCUGUUGGAGAAGGUUCACGUUUAUCUGACAAAUGAAUUGGCAUCUGGUAAUGACUUAACGGUUCAUUGCAAAUCAAAGGACAACGAUUUAGGAGUGCACCAAAUUGUGUACAAUGGAACUUACGAGUGGACAUUUCGCAACAACAUUUGGGACACGACACUCUUUUGGUGCGACUUGCAGUGGGGACAGCCGAUGGUUACGGGGUCCUGCCAUGCGUAUGAGGCUGAUCGAGAUCAGAGGAGGUGCAGGAAGAGGUGUAUGUGGAAGAUCAAGGAGAUGGGGUUGUAUUCUUUCAACAUGAACACCAAUAUAUGGGAAAAUCUUUGCAAUUGGAACCGAGCAUAA